UUCGUUCCAUUAUCCAUUUAAUUUCAAUUCUUCAGAAAGUACUUAAGAUGGAUUUGACAAUCACAUGGAAAUCUGAAAUGAACAAAAUGCUUGUUGCUUUUGAUCGUCAAGUAACACAGUCGUUGGGCAUCAUCAGAGUGGCAUUCCAGCGUAAUGGCUUAUCGUUGAGCCCAAAAUUCAAACAAUAUUUCUUGAAGGCUUCAAAUACACGGAUUGAAGAAUCUUACGAUCAAUUCGAGCUUGCGCUAAUGAUGGAAGAUCAAGUGAAUGUAUGGGCAAACAUAAAUAUGCCAACAUCAACAAACAUUCGCGAAUUGACAACAAGAACGGUUGAAGUUCACACGGUGAAUGAUCCGAUACCAAUAAGUCGGCCAAUUAAAAUCAUCGAUGCAAGGUCAAAUGCCAACAAAACGACAAUUUACCCAAUCAUUGGCAAAGAAUUGACAUGCAACCGUAGUGCUAUUAUUGAAAUUUGUGACUCAGAUGAUGAAGGUCAGGCAGCCAAAAGACCCAUUAUUGCACGCGACGAUAGUUCAGCUUGCAUUAAGGUGGAAGAUGACAUCAAAGCGGAACAGCCAGAGAUCGAUGACGGCGAACCAAUUGUGGUUGUUGAUGUCCCUGAUGAAGUAGUUCCACCAAACGUUGGCCGUCCAGGUGUCCAUGGAAUCGAAAACGGAAUCACCCGAGAUGCAAUUGGAUCAUCUAAAAUUAUGAACAAAAUACCAAAUGUUUGUUCGAAAAAAGGUUCACUGCCACGUUUUCAAGCAAAAAAGAAACGUGCUGGAACCAAUAGCAUCAGACCAGCACAAAAGUCAUUAAAUCAAAAGAAAGAAAGGCGCGUAAAGUGCUCACAUUGUGACUACACAACCUACUAUAUCGGAAAUCUUGAAAAACACAUACGGACUCACUCUGGUGAGAAGCCGUUUCAAUGUGAUCGGUGUAAUAAUUGCUUCAGGCAGAGAAGUACGCUUAAAAGACACAUGAAGGUGCACGCCAAAGAAUUUCCAUUCCAUUGCCCGAACUGUUACCGCGGAUUUUAUCAGGAGAUUGAUGAAGAUGCACACGAAAAAGUUUGUAAGACACGUCGAUAUGAAUGUCAUAUCUGUAAAAAAAAAUCUUUUCUUUUGAAAUGUAAUUUGCAAUAUCACAUACACCAACACACUGACAAAAGAUAUUUUCGUUGUGAAAUCUGUAUGAAAUUUUUUACACAAAAAGGGAGUUUGAAACGUCAUUUGGACUCCAAGCACUCUAAAAGAAAGGCAUAAAUGUACUUCAACAAUUUUUAAAUGGGACAAUCGAAACUGGAACUUUUUCUUGGAUUUCUUGGCUAUUUGGUCCACAAGAACGGGAUAUUUCUAUCCAUAAAUCCAAGUCUAAAUAAAUACCUUUGAAUUUUGUCACUUAUAUCAUAGAUCAAUUAAAAUUUAAAUAUAAUCCGGCUAGUUCACAUAAAUCACUUGUUUAACGUAA